CCCAUGGACCUCUCCAUCAGGGCAGUGUCCUUCAUCCUCUCCUGCUGCCUCUGCAUUGUAGAAGCUCGGGAUUAUAAUUCCAUUCUCACAGUGCCAAAUGGAGGACCAUGGUGUACAUGGGGGUCUGUCCAGAUGUGUCCCUCAGGUCAUGCACAUGGUUUCUCACUGAAGGUAGAGCCAAGCCAAGGUCGUGGAGAUGAUACAGCCCUGAAUGGUAUCCGUCUGUACUGCACUACAGGUGGAGUAAUUGAGUCUUUAGUUGGACCGUGGGGAAGCUGGACAGGGAUUCAAUAUUGUCCCAAGGGCAACCUGAUUUCCUUUUCUCUGAGAGUGGAAGGCCGUCAAGGGAAAGGUGACGAUACAGCAGCCAACAACAUCCAGUUCACUUGUGAUGAUGGGAUUGGUCUGAUGGGCAACGGACUUGGUUGGGGCAGUUUUGGUCCAUGGAGUCACUGGUGCUUUUCUGGUUAGAUGUGUGGGAUCCAGACAAGAAUAGAGGGUUCUCAAGGCAAGGGUGAUGACACGGCACUUAAUGAUGUGAAGUUUUUCUGCUGUAGCUGAACCAUUUGUCUGGUGGCAACUCAGGAGCAGGCCUUCUCUUUAGUAGCUCCUGGGUUCUGGCAUGCACUCCCUCUAGCCAUUCAUGUUUCAACUUCUUUACUCGCCUUUAAAAGAGCCCUCAAGACUCUUAAAAAUUUGUUGG